CCCCGCGGCCUGCGUCCCGUCGGGCGCCGCGCGAGGUCAGCGCGGGGUCGGCGCGGGUCGGCGAGGUCAGGCGCGGGCGGCCCGCGGCCCCGCGGCCCCGACGGGCGCCAGGCAGGAUGUACACGCUGCUGUCCGGCCUCUACAAGUACAUGUUCCAGAAGGACGAGUACUGCGUCCUGAUCCUGGGGCUGGACAAUGCGGGCAAGACGACGUUCCUGGAACAGUCGAAAACCCGCUUUAACAAGAACUACAAGGGGAUGAGUCUGUCCAAGAUCACGACCACCGUGGGCCUCAACAUCGGCACUGUGGACGUGGGAAAGGCUCGCCUCAUGUUUUGGGACCUGGGGGGCCAGGAAGAGCUGCAGUCGCUGUGGGACAAGUACUAUGCGGAGUGCCAUGGUGUCAUCUACGUCAUCGACUCCACAGAUGAGGAGAGGCUGUCGGAGUCCAAGCGGGCAUUCGAGAAGAUGGUGACGAGUGAGGCGCUGGAUGGUGUCCCCAUCCUCGUGCUGGCCAACAAGCAGGACGUGGAGACCUGCCUGUCGAUCCCCGACAUCAAGACGGCCUUCAGCGACUGCACCUCCAAGAUCGGCAGGCGAGACUGUCUGACCCAGGCCUGCUCGGCCCUCACGGGCAAAGGGGUGCGCGAGGGCAUCGAGUGGAUGGUCAAGUGCGUCGUGCGGAACGUGCACCGGCCGCCGCGGCAGAGGGACAUCACGUAGGCGUGGCUGGUGUCGCGGGUGCCCACAGCUCGUCCUGAGUGCCAGAGGAGCGCUCCUGCCGGCUCCGUGCCUCGGUCCUGGGGCGCGGGCUUGCUUUGCUCUGGGGUUUUUUUCAUUUGCUUUGUUUUUUCUUUAAGACAAAUUUUUCUGUGUCCAUAAAAGCGUAGGUAUCGGGGGGCUUCUGCCGAGGGGAGUCGGGGCCCCCACACGACCCCUGCCGAGCUUCCCCGGGGCAGGGGUCCUCCGGGCAGCAGGGGAGGCUGCUGGGCUCCUGACCGUCCCAUCUCCGUCCCUGCUGGGCCUGGAGGAGGCUGGUGUCCUCAGGCAGGGGGACUGCCGGUCGCGGCUGUAGGCCCCUGGGGGUUCUGAGGCCCCAGGAGUCGGCCUGGGAGGCUGUGUCCUCCCCACCCUGGCCUGACGUCACCUCCUUUUGCUCCCCAGCAGGAGGGGAAGGAGGAGUGUCCCCUUUGUGUCUGCUGCUGACCUGGGACCAGUGUGAGGCAGGGGCAGGCUGCGUUCCUGUGGGGCCAGGUGGCUGCUUGGCCUUUGUUCCCAGCGGGGGGAGGGGGCGUCCCUGUCCUGUCUGGGAAUAAGCUGUCUCGAGACCCAUGUCUGGGCCUGUGCCUGCUAACAGGCCCCCAGGUGAGGCUGGUUCGCGGGACGCACCCCCCCUUGUUCGAGACACCCCCCCCCCCGCCCCGGGACCUGCAGUGGCCUGGAGUCCUGGGGUCCUGGCUGCAGUCAGGAGUCCAAUGGGCCGGCACUGGCUGGAGUGUGUCCAGAGCCACAGCAGUCUGGGCUACGCUCCGUCGCCCUCCUAACCCCACCCUGGGUUGUGGGCCCUGGCCGUCGGCAUGGUGACCACAGCACAGGGGCCCCUGGGCUAGAGCUGAGACCCACCUGGGCACCGCCUUUCCGCUUCUGUGGGCGCGCCUGAGCCAGAGCCGGCGACCCAGGUUUGGGGGUGAGGUCCGACCCGCUAGCCUGGCAGCCCCUCCCGACCCCCCCGUGGGGACAUGGGAGGGUUGCUGGGAGAGAGGAGUCAGGACUGGGGGUGGGGAGGCAGCUGCAGGUGAGGUGACUCAGGGGGAGUCAUGGGCCACAGGGUGGUUCCCCCCCUCCCCCGGGGCCCCUCCUGGGAUCGGUGCUGGGAGUCCCCCGGCUGCUCUGGAACCGUCCAGCCCUCUUCUGAGACCGUCUUGAGGGGAAAAGCUGUGUUUUCCAGAAAGUGCCCAGGAAGCACCGGGGGAGGUGCUUGGCUGCGCCUCUCCUGGGAAAUCCCCAGCGGGCGCCGGGAGCGCCAUCCAGCCGGCCCGCUCCCCCAAGAGCCCCUGCGCUUGGCGCCACCGCCCUCCACCGUCCUGGCCACAGCUGGAAGGGACAUACCUGCUGCCCACUGGGCCUCUCCAGCCGCCCCAACUGUGGAGGGUCUGUCCGCCGGGGGCGGGCAUGGGGAGCUUGAGCCCGCCCACCCGAUGUGCCCGCCGCGCCCCCCGCAGACACGGUUUCACACGACCCCUUUCACAAAACAGCUUUAUAAAAAUAAACUUUGUUAGCGCAACAGGA